CUCCCUCUCCAAGUCUCUGUCUCUCUCCCUUCUCUCUCUCUCCAAGUCUCUGUCUAUGUCUCUCUCCCUGCUCUCUCUCUCUCUCUCUACCUGGAUCUGAGCUGUGGAUUCGUCUCGCGGCUCAUUGUCAUUCACUCGUCGUUCACGUGCUCUCCUCGCGUCUCCACACGGUUUCCGCGCAUCUUCGCUUCCUUUCUCUCCAGAAAGCCCAUCCCGAGGGAAACGACGGCGGCCGUCCGGUCCCUCCUUCGGACCCGCGAGGAUGCUGCCUCGCCGAGGAUCCGUGACGGACCGCGGUGAUGGAUGACACGUGGCCGUGAUGCUCCGGGAUCGUCGUCGUCUUCAUCAUGUCUCCAGCGGCUCCGGUGACGGACGGCAGCGCCGUCGAGGUCCUCCGCGAGCAGACGGACGCGCCGCGGGAAGCGCAACGACCUGUAAAGCAGUCUUUGAGCAAGUCCCUGUGCCGCGACUCGCACUGGAAAUGCCUCUUACUCUCACUGCUGAUGUACUGCUGCGUGAUCGCUAUGACCUGGUGCCAAGUCACGAAGGUCACGCGCCUGACCUUCGACAGCGCUUUCAAGGGCAAGUCCAUGUUGUACCACGACAGUCCCUGUUCCAACGGCUACAUCUACAUCCCGGUGGCCUUCCUCGUCAUGCUCUAUGUGGUUUACCUGGUGGAGUGCUGGCACUGCUACUCGCGCAACGAACUCCAGUUUAAAGUAGACCUGGAGAGCGUCGCCGAGCGCGUGCAACGCAUGCAACAGGCCACGCCGUGCAUCUGGUGGAAGGCUAUAAGUUACCAUUACGUACGCCGGACGAGACAAGUGACGCGGUAUCGCAACGGCGACGCCUACACGACCACGCAGGUUUACCACGAGCGCGUCAACACGCACGUCGCCGAGGCAGAGUUCGAUUACGGGAACUGCGGGGUUAAAGACAUCUCGAAGCUCCUCGCGGGUCUGGAAGGCUUCCCGGUGACCAAGCUGCGCUUCACUAAGUGCUUCAGUUUCGCCAAUGUCGAGUCCGAGAACUCCUAUUUGACGCAAAGGGCGCGUUUCUUCACGGAGAAUGAAGGACUGGACGAUUAUAUGGAAGCGCGCGAAGGGAUGCAUCUGAAAAACGUGGAGUUUAAGGAAUACAUGCUUGCGUUCGCGGAUCCGGAUCGCUUGCCUUGGUAUGCGUCACAGUGCAGCUUCUGGUUGGCGGCGGCGUUGACUUUAUCCUGGCCCUUGCGGGUCUUGACGGAGUACCGCACGGCGUAUGUUCACUAUCACGUGGAGAAGCUUUUCGGGUUUGACUACGUGGCUGUCACGCCUCUGGAUGAGCGUCCGUUUUGCCGUCACAUCCCGCGGGUCAACACCAUCGACAGCACGGAGCUGGAGUGGCACAUUCGCUCCAACCAACAGCUCGUUCCCAGCUACUCCGAAGCCGUGCUCAUGGAUCUGGCGCAGCAGUCCAGUUGCAACACGUUCUCGCCGCGCGGAAUCGGCGCGGCCGGGGGAAACGGCUUCGGCGGGUAUCGGCAGAACUGCGAGCGCUGCCAUCGCUCCAUCAGCAGCUCGUCGAUCUUCUCGCGCAGCGCGCUGAGUAUCUGCAACAGCAGCAGUCCGCGUUUGCCUUUCAGCGGAAGCCGGUUCUCGCUGGGCCGUUUGUACGGCUCGCGGCGCAGCUGUCUCUGGCGAAGUCGCAGCAGUAGCAUAAACGAUCCCAGCUGUCCGACGGAAAGCACGCGAUGCCUGGCCGGUCAGUCGGCCAAUGAGGACAGCCCACCUUCUCCGCCAGCCUAUCAGGACGCUCUGUAUUUUCCGGUACUGAUUAUUCACCGCAACGAGGGCUGCGCCGGUCACGACCGCCAUUCGCUGCAUCGGAACGGACACUGCGUGGAGACUUCGUUAUAGCGCUAGCAUAAGGACGAAAACACAAAAGCGGUGUUGCAUUUGUAAAAUUAACAGACUGGUACAGAAAUGUUUGUACGAAUCUUUACCUUUCCCUCUAAAAGUGCAUUAGCACAAAACUUUGAAUUGCAUUUUUUCAUAACAAACGCAGUCUGAAUUUUGAUAUGUGACCCUGGACCACAAAACCAGUCAUAAAGGGAUAAAUCAUCUGAACGAUACGAUAGGACAAUAUUUGGCCGGGAUACAGCUAUUUGAAAAUCUGAGGAAAUACUGAGAAAAUUGCUAAUCAAAAAUUAAGAUCUGAUGUAUUGAUGUAGAAAAUUUACUAAAUAUUUUAUACGCUCAAGGCUGCUUUUGUGUUCCAGGGUCAAAUCUAGCUACCCAAUCUCAUGAAUGUGCGUAUACUCUAUAUAUGCAGAAUAAAAACACUUUUUAUUGGCACCGCCCAUUUUUUGUAGGCUGACGAUACGCAAAAAUGGUGUGUAUAUACUACGCAAUGGGCAGGAUUAGGCUCGUAGGGUAGUUGCGUAUCAUAUGCACGGCAACAAAUUUUGUACUAUAUGCACGCAAAAACUGCAUAUUAUAUGCAUGCCAAACAUUUGCGCCAAAAUCCGUUUUUCGUACAAAUGCGCGUUUUCGUUUUUAUUUGGCAUACUAUCCAUAUGCAUUUUCAUGAGACUGGAUUAAGUGUAAACACACUUGCGAUGCACCAUAUUCAAAUUCAAUUUCUGUCAUUUGAAUUUGGGAUUCGAAACCCAUUUUUACAUAUUGCAUAUUUCAAGUACAACGACGUAUUCCAAGAGCAUAAAUAAGCAAUGUAAAAUGACCCUUGUAAAAAUGUAAAACUUUAUCCGUGGGGGAUUGACUGGAUCAUGAAAAAAGGUUGGACGUCAAAGGCCCGUUUACACCAACGAUAAUGACUUUUAAGAUGAUGAUAAAGAUUUAGCUCUAAAGUUUAGUUUUGUUCUUUGACAGCCAAUCAGAAUCAAUCCGGCUAUAAUGAGUUAAAGCGGCAGAUGAAACGUGAAAUCCGAAACCUAGUUUUUAUAUUAAAACUAAUUAAAAUUGGGUUCAUUUGAGUUUGUGUUCACUCAAAAAAAAAAACCCACUUUAUUAUUAAAUAGAAAACAUGUCCCAUUUAUUAAGCGUUUUCUCUUUGGUUUUUCAGAAAUGUUUGUUUCAAUACGCCAAAUGUAAGAUUGUUUACUUUUUCCACCUAAACGUGCGAACAAAUGUACAAAAACAACUUCAGACAAAGCUGAAUGACUCAUAAUUACAAAUUAUUGUAACAGGCUGGUGUUUAUUAACAUCUCGACGCUUUUAUCAGCGUCUUCUAUGAUGGCAACAUCUGGCAAACUCUCACUUCGCACGUGAAGUCAACAAGAAACGGCAUUCACAACCCAAUUUGCUUUCAUGACACGCGUCUUUCUUUAAUAUAACACCGUCUUAAAAAUAAAUAAGAAUGUUCCUUGUUAAAAAUGUGAAACUUGAUCUAUUGCUUAGACGAUUUAAAGUGACUGGAGGAAGAAAGGAAGCUAUUUCAGAGGUGAAUCAAGCCGUGCCGUUGUUACUUUGCGAUAACAUGCAUUGAAAAAGCGUUCGCAUGACAACGCGUUAAAGUAAACGGGGUUAUUUGGGUUCAUGUUGACUUCAAAUGAAAAAAAGCAAUUGUGAAACAUUUCUAUCAUUUCCUUUUUGGUGAUUCCAAUGGAAUGUUACGAAACGCUUUCAGUUCUACUUGCAAUGUAUAUAUAAAUACACACACACACACACACACACACACACACACACACACUCACACACACACACACACACACACACACACAC